AUGGCACCUCGUUCCCAGGGGCUGCCUGGCCCCAGCUGGGUGGGCUUCCUGCUGCUAGGUAAGGACUACAGCCCUGCUCUUCUCUCCCUUUGCUUGUCAAUCCCUGCCCUGGGCUCUGCUCUUAGGGGCAAGAGCUCCAAAGCAAGCUGGCAGGCAAGCCGGCCGACCGGCCGGCAAGCCAGCCACUUUCUGGGCUGUGUGGACAGUGGAGAGCUCACAGGCACUCUUGGACAAACAGGUUUGAGGUGUCUUCCAGGCACAGAGAAAGACUCCCCUCCACUGUCAUUUCCUUGGCCUCCUAUGGGAAUGACCAUGUGAGGGUGCCCAGCAGAGGGCCCAGGGCCAGGAGGGAAUGGCCAGUAGUGGUCUCAUUCUGUUCAGGCCAGCUGCGCCGCUAUUGCCUGCCUGUACCUGUGCAAUGUGGCCUCAACUCUGCUUUUCUCCAGCUGUCAAACUCCAUCUGAUUGUGGACGGUUUAUCCUGGUGUGAUUGAACCAGGGCUGCGGUGAAAAUAUUGUCCUGAGCUCUUGUUUAUUCUGCGUGUAUUUUUUCCUCUCUGCCAACCUUCCCCUCCCUCUGGAGGGCUCUGCCAAAAAGAAGGAAUGUUUGUGCUCUGCUCCACUGAGAGAUAAAGGGAGGCCAAUGCGGGAAUGCGGGAUCAGUUUCCUCUCCCCAAGGGCUUGGCUUCUCUGGAGACCCUCCUUCCCUCCCUUGAGAAAACAGACCUUCACACCUUUCCCUAAUGCAGCACUUUUAAGAAGAGACACUUGGCAGGUUUUGUUUUUUCACUGUUUCGCUUUCCGAGCCAUUCCCCUUUUCCAUGCCGGAAACCAAGGCCAGAAGGCAGCCGCGUUUUAUGCAAGACCAGCCUGGCAAUGCCUGUGUCCUAGCAUGCCCAAGCCCAGUGCUCUACCUGUUGCAUCACACGGCCACAGAGUUCAUUCGCUGUGGACACAGAAUCAACUCACGUGUUUUGUAAGCCGGAUGUAGGAAUCAAACAUCUCUAUCAUAAGGAGUUACUUUACCAUGAAUCACUUAGAGGCGAAGCAGAGCCAAGGUCCUGGCAGAAGUUUCUUCCUUCUUCUGCAGAAGCAGCUCUUGGCUUUUCCUCCAACCUGACGAGGAUGGUGGUAGUAGCCUAGGGAUUUAUGGAUCAGGUGGUCCAGCUGCUGCCCAAGGGCAAAGAGACCACUUUGGGGACCUUGCCACCUUCCACCCAUGAGUACUGGCUUUGCCCAACUUCUAAAAGAGAGCUGCUUUAUUUAUUUUACUGUUUUAUUUUGUGCAUUGAUAUCCUGCCUUUGUUGCAUCAUGGUCAAUGGGAAGGGAGCGGUGAUUCCCAGGUGUCCUUUCACCUGUGCCCUAAGCAGAUACAGAGUGCCUUAGCAUCCAAACGGAGGCUGCAAACUUUGGCAUCUGGGUAAGGGCAGAGACCCUUUCCCUGAAGACUGAAAUUAAGGAGCUUCUCAGGGUGAGCAGGAGAAAGAGAUGGGCAGCUAGCAGCCCAGAGACUAACACAAGCCAGCGUUGGGUUAUUUAGGCAUGGGAAUCCUUUACUCUAGAGCAGCCAGUCUCCAAAGCCACUGCUCAGUUUUAUUUACUUAAUUUAUGAAUUGCUUUCCUUAAAACAUCCCCAUGUGACUUAACAAUAAAAAUAACAACCAUGAAAACAUAGAUACAAUCUCAACCCAGUACACAUAAAAACGGGCAUGAAAAUCUCCAUUUAAAAGGCUUUUUGGAAAAGGAACUUAUUCCCUAGGCACCAAGAAAAUCAGUGAAUAUGGUGCCUGUCUAUUAUGUACAGGAGGGGUUUCCAAAGAGUAGGUGCUACACUGGAAGAAGAAACUCAUUUUAUUUUGGGGUAGCCUUUUCUGCCUGACAGCUGCAGGUAAGGUAAAGGUAAAGGGACCCCUGACCAUUAGGUCCAGUCGUGGCCGACUCUGGGGUUGCACGCUCAUCUCACUUUACUGGCCGAGGGAGCCGGUGUACAGCUUCCAGGUCAUGUGGCCAGCAUGACUAAGCCACUUCUAGCGAACCAGAGCAGCGCAUGGAAACACCGUUUAUCUUCCCGCUGAAGCGGUACCUAUUUAUCUACUUGCACUUCAUGCUUUCGAACUGCUACGUUGGCAGGAGCUGGGACCGAGCAACAGGAGCUCACCCCAUAGUGGGGAUUCGAACUGCCGACCUUCUGAUCAGCAAGUCCUAGGCUCUGUGGUUUAACCCACAGCACCACCCACGUCCCCUGGAGAGACCAAAGUUUCUCCCCAUGCUUAUAGUGUGUAGCAGGAGCCCAUCUUCUUCAGGAGCUGAAGCCAAGCAGGGCAUUCAGUCCAGCCAUCUUUCAGGGCAGUUGAGAAGCCCUCCCCUUCCAGGCUGAAGCACCCCAGGCUGCCUGAAAAUCAUCCAAGGAAGGUUUAGCCAGGGCAUCACCAACCCUCUCUCUUGGCUCUGGGGGAUUAUUGGUGCUAAGCUGGAAUGCUGACACUCGUGUGUGUGUGUGUGUGUGUGUGUGUGUGUGUGUGCCUCCCCCCUGUAGGAGCUCAUUUUCUAUGCUUCUUUCCCCUCCAGUGCUCUGGCCUGUGUCAGCUGUGGACAUUUACACCCCUAAGUCCCUGGAAGUCCUGAACGGGACAGAAGUGCGCUUGAAAUGCACCUUCCGCAGCUAUUCCGCAGUCGGGUCAAAGUUGACAGUGUCCUGGCACUUCCAGCCUGAGGAACCUGGCAGAUCUGAGUUUGUAAGUUCAUCUCUGCAGCCUUUUUGUGGAACGUGACCUGGGCUCUUCCCCAGGGUCGUGGCCCCAGUUUGGUGCUUGGCCUCCAGAGGAUCCUGAGCAGCUGGUAUACCUCCCUGUGAAGUUGGGAGUUUUGCAGCCCGGUUUCUGCAAUCUUCUCACCACCUGCCUAUACCCAUGUCCAAUAUGCUCUGAAUAAGCACCCUGCACCCUUGUGGAGCAAAGGGGAGUGGGUGUCACCUUGUACCAUGGCUAUGAAGCUCCAGAGACCAAUCACGCCAAAUAAAGCGGGACUUGUAAGGGGCUCUUGCUGAUCAAAUGUUUACAGAUCCUGAAAACGGCUUGUAUUAUAAUGUCUCUGCUCUGAAUAGCUGCAGCUGACAUCCAUGCAACAAAAACCAGUCCCUGAUGGGAAGAUGGUUCAGAUCCCUCUUUGGAGAUUGGCUUAAUCAAGAGCAGUUCACCACUGUUGGCAGGGCUGGCCCAAGGCAUUUUGCUGCCUAAGGCAGAGAGUUAAAAGGUGUUCACCCUCCCUAGCCAGGACCUGCACUUUGAAAAGUCUUGCUGUACCACUCGGACACAAAUCCUCUCCAACUCUUUGGUGCUGCCUGAAGGAAGUUGCUUCACUCUGCUGCAUGGCUGGGCCAGGCCUGACUAGUCAAUCUCACCCAUUCCCAGGGAGUAUAUUCAUUUAGAGAACCUCCUGCUCCUCCAGGCCAUUUUCAGUUUCAAAACCUCCUGCAGAAGUGGGAGGUGCUAUCCACAGAGGACCGAGGUCACUGAAAAGUGGCUGUCAUUUAAUACCAGCAGUGGCAGGCAUGAUAGCUGGGCUUCUCCUUGCAACUUCAUAGGUUUUCUACUACAGUGAGGAGCCUUUUCCACCGACAUCAGGCCGCUUCAAAGGCAGAGUCACAUGGGAUGGCAACAUCCACAAGAACGACGGCUCCAUUAUCCUUUGGGACACCAAGCCCAGUGACAACGGGACCUUCCAGUGCCACGUGAGGAACCCACCCGAUGUGGACGGUCCGACUGGCGAAAUCCAGCUACGAGUGGUGACGAAAGGUUUGUGACUUCGGGGGGAGGGUCAAGUGGGUUUGCUGGGGGCGGGGGAGAGGGGCUGCUCAGUCGCCAGUGCUGCUGGGGUACAGGGGCUACUAUAUCCCUCUUGCACACCCAACAUGCCUUUCAUCCCUGCACAGUGACUUUCUCAGAGAUCCACAUCCUAGCGUUCAUCAUUGGCGCUGUCUGUUUUCUGAUGAUUGUCAUCGUCGUCGUGGUUGUCAUCUGCCGCUACCGGAAGAGAAGGCAUGGAGAUACGGAGUCAGAGGUGGAGGAGACAGAACUGUAAGUGUGUGUGUGUGUGUGUGUGUGUGUGUGUGUAAGGAAGCUGGCUAGAGGCAAUUUGCCUGGCCUUGUGGGAACCACAACUGGUCUCUUGGCCGUCACAGAAAAUGGACACCAACUGUUCAUUGAUACAGGUAAAUCACUGUCUUCAAAAAAAGAUGAAGACGAUGACCACACAGCCUUGAGAGACAGAGCAAGGGAUGGUUUGGGGCUGGGAUCAGCAAGUAAUGGCUGCAACAAGGAACCAGGAGUGCCAGAAUUCACUUGCCUGUAUCCCAUGAAGCUUUAAUGGGUCACAGGCGAGUGUCAGUGGGCCGGGUUGUUGACAGGCUCUGGUGAACCAGGGAAGUUAAAAUGAAAAAGGCUGAGUCUCUACACAUGUGGCAGAAUGAAGUGGGCUUGAGGUGGGAGACCAUAGAAGCAUCCAGCAUUCAUCACUUCUAAACAGACUGCAUUUUUUAAACUCCUCCUAAACAUCUUAGAAUCCAAACUCCUGAAGGGGGAUUGGUCUGCCUGUGUCUUGAGGUCUUCAGCCAAAACCUUCACUCAGGUGUCUCCUUUAUCUGGUACUCAACAAUGAAAGAAAAGGCUUUUUCAGUGGUGGCUUCCCAGCGGGGGGAACAUCCUCCCAAGAGAGGCUCGCCUGGUGCCAACACUGAAAUCUUUUCAGCCCCAGGCAAAAGUGUUUGCUGUAAAUUAGUUUUAUGAACUGUGUUUAUUGCUCUGUGGUUGAAAUGAUUAUUGAUUGCAUACCACCCGAAGUCCCAAAAGGAUGAUAAGCUGUUUAUUUAUCUAUUUAUAAUAGAUAAAUAAAACCUCCCUGCCACUGGAAGUUUAGCCCACUUGGGGAGAAAAGUUCUACUCCACUCCACUCCCAGCUGUGCUAGUUUUCCAUCGCAAGCAGUUUUCAUUGUAGGGCCAUUCAAAGUUGGGACCCACACCCUGCAGCUACAGUUUUCAGUGUGGUGCAGACCAUUCUCCUAUCUCAUUCUUCUGCUACAUAUACAAGGUGAAGGAAAUUCAUUGCAAAACUUUUUGAUGGCUUUGUGUUGAAGUGGAGGAAACGUUGGGCCAGAAACGGAACUGAGUUGCUCCACAACUGCUUGCAAGUGGGGCACAUUUGCUGUGGUACUAGACAGGCUUGUGACCUACACAGUGAGCGCUGCACCGAGUGGAUCAAGACAGUGACUUUGGCAGGACCCAGGACAGCUGAGCUUCACUAGCUUCUAGGUUGAGGUUGGACCUCCUGCUGCUCCUCAUUUUCUCCCAAAUCCAGGAGGGACUCCUGCCUUUCAUUUUACACAACAGCCUCUUUUUUCCUCCCUGACCCCGAGGCCAGAGAACUUGGCUGGCUUCCUAACUACUGCCUUUGUUGCAUUUGAUAACAGGCCAGAGAAGGAGAAUUUGAAAGAGACGGAGAAGCACCUGCUGGAAGAGGGAGCCUAA